GAGGCGACUUUGGGAUAUUUUGAUGGUAUUAUUGGCAGUAACACAUAGUGACGUUUCAAAAUUUGUAACUGAAGAUAACUGACAUUAUAAAUUUGUGUUUAUAGUUCUCUCAUUUUUACCAAAUGUUUUAACAGUGACAUUAGUGUAAAUGUAAUAAUGAAUGAAAUAAUGACGCUUAAGGAAAAUCAUAUAAAAAUUUCGGAUUUACAAGUUAAGGAUUUACUGCAGAAUCAGAUCAAGUUAAUCGAUCAUAUCAAAAAUAAACGAAAUCAAGACUUUAGCGAAGAUGGAAUAAAGAUCACAGAUUUAACAUCAAAAAUAACUUCUAUGAGGGAUACCCUUCAGUCUGAAAAACAAACAUUGGAAUAUAAAAAUCAUGUUUUAUCUAAGCACAUAGACCACAUAACAGAGUUGGAUGCAGAGAAAAAUAAAUUUUUGGAAGAAUGUCAACAAUUGGAAUUGCAAAGAAAUAAACUUAAAACAUGUAAACGAAACAUACAGGAUCAAGAAUUACUAGAUCAAGGAAGAAGAAAAUAUGCUUUAUAUAGAGAAUUAACUGGGAUACGAUGGGAUUUUGGAAAGCUUAAAGAGAAUAUUACAGGAAAUAUAUAUAAAGGGGUGUACAUCCAUCACUUUUCUUAUUCAAAUGAAGAAAAUACAAAAGAUUUGAAUAAUCUUUUAUGGCAAGAGAUAUAUCAAUCUGUGAUCCAUAAUGAACAUAAAAACACAUAUGACAAGGAAAAUACUGUACAAAAUAAAUAAUUGUAUCAUGAAUUGAAAUAAAUUUCUAUUCCAUAAA